AUGCUCCUCCCCCGGCUCCUUCAACCCGCAGCGGCCCGUUCCCUCUACCGCGCCGGCGCAUUUUCGACGAGGACGACAACGAAGACGAGAGCUACUCCUGCUGUCGAACCAGGACAGAUUUGCCUCCGAGCUCGGUUUCCGUGUCGUACGUUUACGACGUCGCGUGCGCUUCGAAAUGACGUCGCUUCCACGAACCACUACGAGACCUUGAAGGUCGCCCACGAUGCCUCGCCGUCUGAUAUUAAGAAAUCCUUCUACGCCCUCUCCAAAACCCACCACCCAGACCACAAUCGCGACGACCCAAACGCAUCCCGCAAAUUCCACGCAAUAGCAGAAGCCUACUCCGUCCUCGGCACCCCCGCCAAACGCGCAGCCUACGACCGCUCUCUCCCCUCCUCCUCCCACAACAGCCACCACGGCGCCCACAGACGCGGCUCCUACCACAGCAGCUCGGGUCCCGCGGGAGGCCGCCCCGCAUCGGGCCUCUCCCGGCGGCGCACAACCUUUCGCGGCCCGCCCCCGAGCUUCUACAGGUCCGGCGGCUGGGGCGAACAUUCGGCGAAGAGGCGGGAAGCCCACGAGGAUACCACCGGCACCGGCGCGGAGAAGGAACAGCCCGGGAUGGGCCCCGGGUCUGAUCCGUACGGGCACACGAGGUCAGCCGCGCCGCGGCACUUUGAUUCGCAUACGCAUACAAAGACACAGCAAAAGCAGGAUUCGCGGCGGUCGCAUAGGAUCAUGGGCACGCAGGUCCCGGUUGGACCGCAGGAGACUUCUGUGGGAGCGUUUUUGGUAGUCAGCGGGAUCUUGUUCUUUUCCUUUUUCAUACCCUUUGUUGCUACCGGCGGACUGAGCCGAAAGAAGAAAGAAGCCAAAUCAUAG